CUAGCGCGCCUGCCGCAGCCCGAGCCCCGCGGCCCGCCGCCCCCCAGCCCUCAGCCCCUAGCCCGCUGCCGCCUCUUCAAUGGGCAACCUGCUCGGCGGGGUCAGCUUCCGCGAGCCCACCACCGUGGAGGACUGCGACUCCACCUGGCAGACGGACUCGGAGCCGGAGCCUGAGGAGCCGGGGCCGGGAGGCGGCGGCGGCGGCGGCGAGGGCCCGGGGCAGGAGCCCGAGCAGCCCGCGCAGCCCCCGGAGCGAGCCGGCGGGCGGUCCCGCGCCAGCCCCGCGCCGGACGAAGACGCAGAGGCGGCGGGCGCCGAGCAGGGUGUUGAUGCUACUGAAGCAACUGCCAAACCAAAGAGAAGUUUUUAUGCUGCGAGGGAUUUGUACAAAUACCGACACCAAUAUCCGCAGAACUUCAAAGAUAUUCGAUAUCAAAAUGACUUGAGCAAUCUUCGUUUUUAUAAGAAUAAAAUUCCAUUUAAGCCAGACGGUGUUUACAUUGAAGAAGUUCUAAAUAAAUGGAAAGGAGAUUAUGAAAAACUGGAGCACAACCAUACUUACAUUCAAUGGCUUUUUCCCCUGAGAGAACAAGGCUUGAAUUUUUAUGCUAAAGAACUAACUACAUAUGAAAUUGAGGAAUUCAAAAAAACAAAAGAAGCAAUUAGAAGAUUCCUUCUGGCUUAUAAAAUGAUGCUAGAAUUUUUUGGAAUAAAACUAAUUGAUAAGACUGGAAAUGUUGCUCGGGCGGUUAACUGGCAGGAAAGAUUUCAGCAUCUAAAUGAGUCUCAGCACAACUAUUUAAGAAUCACUCGCAUUCUUAAAAGCCUUGGUGAGCUUGGGUAUGAAAGUUUUAAAUCUCCUCUUGUAAAAUUUAUUCUUCACGAGGCUCUUGUGGAAAAUACUAUUCCCAAUAUUAAGCAGAGUGCUCUGGAGUAUUUUGUUUAUACAAUUAGAGACAGAAGAGAAAGGAGGAAGCUCCUGAGGUUUGCCCAGAAACAUUACACGCCUUCAGAGAAUUUUAUCUGGGGACCACCCAGAAAGGAACAAUCAGAAGGAAGCAAAACUCAGAAAAUGCCUGCUGCCCCUGCCCCCAGUCACAACAAUCAGACUUCUGUGCACAAAAAAUCCAAGGACUCCAAAAACUCCUCCUCGUCUGCUCAUUUAAAUAGCAAAGCAGUGGAUGAAAAAAAAGCAGCACCACAAGAACCUGGGGAAGAAACAGAUAGGCCCAGCCCAGAGCCCAGCAAUGAAGCUACCAAGCCAAGAAACACAGACAAGGACAGUAAUGUUGAAAACCCAACCCCACAACCUGAAAAAACAGCUACUAAUCCCACAGAAAAGAACGAGAGUGCAUCUCCUGAAGAAAAUGAAGGUGAAAAUCCUAACAAAGACAAUGAGAAUCCCGGAAAUACAAGUUGUCAUGAUGAUAUACUAACACAAUGAAUUAUCAGAAAGCCCACAAAUCAAUUUAGGUAAGGGAGGAAAAAACUGGUAUGGCAUUUUUCCUAAAGAACAGAGAUGAGUUCACAUUUCAAAUUUCAGCCAUCUGUUUGUGAUUUCUGUUGGAAGCAUUUUGUGGUUGUUUGGUUUUUUUAAAAUUUUGAACGAUAUUGAAUUGGAUAUUUAGUAAGUUUUAAGACAAGAUCCAAUAAAUAAAUAUAUUCUGUAGUGCUUUUAGGAUGUGAGUUUUUAAAUUCUGUAUAGAAUUACUUUUAAAUUAGUUUCAAGGUAUCUAGAAAUAAUCAUGUAGUAUCUGAUAAAUCAAAUAGAGUCUUUCAAGAGAUUACAGUCUCCAUGAAGAAAAUCAAGAGGAUAAUUUCAUUGUAUUGUCAUACCUGAUUUAUGGAUUAAUUCUUUUAAGCUCUAAGAAAGUUCGGUUUUCCCAGAUGCUUUCAGAAAGUAAUCUGGGUUCUUUGAUUACAACACCUCCAGGUGUUUUACAUUCUGAUAAUGAGAUGGAUGCCCUCGUCUGCCAGUGUUACUAUCUUUUCCUUUUCCCCUCUUUCCAUGCCUACUCCUGAGCCACCAUCUCUGUCAGCCACCGUGUACAUUUCUAGUAUACGUUAGGAUAAUCACCUAGAGCAAAGUCUAAAUGGAACAGAGGGGGCUUUUAAUUGUAUGAGUUCAAGAAUUUACUUUGUUUAAAAGAAUAGAAAAGCUUUCUGUUAGUGCAUAAAAACACAUUUUGAUGCACAAGUCCCAGAAAAGAACUUUUCUUUCUGUGGCUGUACCCUAUCAAUUUAACGGUUGAUUUUGAUGCAAAUUACCAAAGAAUGAAAAACUAAGAAGGAAAUUACUCACUUUUAAAAGACAUGUUUCUUUUGUUGUCAAAAAGGCAGUAGUUCCUUUAAACAUGAAUAUCUCAGUAUUUUGUGGGUUAUGAAAUUAAUAAUGUUUAAUCCACAGUGUAUCUUUAUCACACACAUGCACACACACAUAUAAUUUGAUGCAUCUCUAAGUUGUCAAACUUUGAAAUUUGAGAACAGAUUUGAAAUUCCAUAUAUACUAAGCACUCAAUAUGUUAUAUAAUAUUGGUUAAGGACAAUUUGACUUCCUAUAAUAUAUUACAAAUUGGAAACCUAAACACCGCAAUGAGAACUUUAAAGCAUUUAUACAAAUAUAGUUCAAGCGAUUAAUAGGUAAAGCAUUUUCAUUUUAUUUCAUUUAGAAAGGAAUUUUUUUUGUGUCUCAGGCUCUCAGGAAAAGUUCUGUUCACCGUGUCCUCCCAGAGAAUGUUUACUAUGUCCUAUCUCAUAUCAUGUCGUGUCACCUUCUUUUACCUCCAUUGAGCCAUGCUUUCAGCAGUGGAUUUCUGAAAAAUAGUUAUACCUAUUAAGGCAUAUGAUUUUAUUGCUUUGAAGUUUAUAUGAAACCAUCCAAUCCCUAACUAAUUUUUCUGAGUCUUAGUAGAACUCUUGUUUCAUAUCACAUUGUAGGUACCACAUAGAACAUUUUUACAUUUUUAAUUUCCAUAAUGGACAACUUUUUUGCUUUUUGUUGUUUUCUGAAGUGAGUAUGAGGGUUUGAGGAAACAAUUGCUGUUGCACUUCAGUUUGAUUUUUUUAUGUACAAGAAAUACAUGGAUUCUCAUUCAUGGUGCUUGUUGUUAACAGUAUCCCCAUAGAGCUCACUAUAUAUUCUUCAUAAGGUUUCGGGGAUGAGAAUAGGUUGUCAAACUAUGCUGAAUGGUAGGAAUAGGAUUAAUUUAAUUCAAAUUAUCUCACCAAUUCUGCAUACAUAGUAAUGCAUACAUGGUAACAGUAUGCUUCCUAAAUACAUAAUCUUAAAAAUUAUGAUCAGAUAUUAAAAUAUUAAGUUACCAGACAGUAAAAUAAAUGAGUAUAAUCUGAAUUACUUAGAAAUAGCAGUAUAUCAAAACUCCUAGAAGUCAGAACAUUUUAUUAAUGAUUUAACUUUUAGAAUAUUACUCAUACUUAGAGAUUUCAAUUACUAUGUCCCAUUUAGUAUGCGAAUAUUUAGUUUCAAGGGGAAAGCUGCCUGGCUUCCAUCUAACUUGGUGGCCUUUUUUCACCAUGUUUUUUUUUUUUUUUUGAUGAAUAUUCAUGUGUGACUGUGUUUCCUACAUUUAAUGUGCACAUAACUUAUGAGAGAGUUAUUCAAUGGAGAAUAAAUAAGGGGAUGUCAUUUCCUUUUGCAAAUAAAAAUUGAGUAUCUAUAAUUUUUUUAUUAUGAACACUUUUUACAUUUAACAGUUUUUUUAAAUAAGACCUAUAGAUAUGUAUUUAUGUGUGUCUUAGAUAAUGAAACAGCCUCUUGUGUCUUACUCGUAUGUUUGGUAUUUUUAAAAACUAAAAUAUGCUUGAAGCAAUUUACUGAGAAGCUGUUAUAAAAAAUUCAGUGAAGCAUGGGUAAAUAGCUAGAAAUAUUAUUGAAUCUUUGCAAAUAUAUAGUCUUUAUUGUACCACAGACUGCAAGGAUACUAAAUAUUGACUUGAUAAAAUAUAAACUUGCAUUUCAUGGCAAAUAGAAGCUAUAUUGCUUGAUUAGUGUAGUACAUUUCUAAUAUUUUGUGCUUUCAUAUAUCAAAGGAGAUAAAAUAUGUGAAAAUAUUUUGAAAUACUGUAAAAUGAUAUUUAAUUAUAAGCUAUAUUUCUGUAAGUAGAGAAAAAAGUUUAUAAAAUUAAGAAUAUGAUACCAUUGUACAUUUUCAUGCUCAAUCUCCUAAGAAACUCAGAAAAGAUCAUAAUAGAAGUGAAAGUGUAUUUGUUCUCACUAAAUCUAGUUGUCGAUUCAAAAAUUAUGUUAUCUAGUUUUAUUUUGAAUUUAGGUUUUGAGAUUAUUUAUUCCCAAAUUCAAAGAGGAAAUAGCAACUCAAGAGUUGCUAGAGAGGUUCUAAGACUCUUGGCUCAGUAUUAAAAAUGUAAACAUAUGAAAAUGCCAUAACCCCUGCUGCAGUCAUUAUAUUUCAUAUUCUUUCAUAUGAAUUUAUCUAGUCUGCUUCUAGAGUUUGUAUACUUUAAUCUGAGUGAAAGUAUGAUCUAGUGAAAAGGGAAAAACAGUGUAGUAUUACACCCGAGUUAGCCUUUACAAAAUAAAUAAAUAUCCAUACCAGUGGUCAAAAUUUGGUUACCUGAUAGAUGGAGAAUAUACAGUUAUUGUUUCAGUGUCAUUUCCCAAGUUUGUGGUUGAGUUAUGGUUGAGUUUUAUUGAGUAACUAAAUCAAGUUUUAAGCUAUAAUUGAGGCACUUCUAAAAUCUUUAUGAUCUAUACAUCUUUGGAGUCUGGGUUAACUGGGGUCUCCUAUAGGAUUUUUUUUAAGAUUUCUGGUUUUUGCCCACUCAGAAAAUUCCCCAUUCUCAUUUGGAGUAUACAUUACCUAUAAGAUAGACUGGAAUUAGAUGUGCUGCAGUCGCUUCAAGUGUAGGUACAGUUGUAGAGAAAAGAGGUCUAGGUCAAUGAAGAUCUAGAAAAUUAGGAGAGUUUUGACUACUGGCUUCUUUGGACUUUGAAUUCUGUACUGUUGACUUCAGAAACAGAUUUGUAUGGGUGACCUGUAAAGGGACAGUGUGUACUACCCUGCCUCCUCCCCUGUUCCUGUGAUUCAACCCGCUCAGCAGAUUGUGUUCCCAGGCUGUGUUUUUAGAAUUUAUUUACUUGUGAAAUUAAUAAUAAUUAUAAAUAUGAAUGCCUGGAGGUAUCCAGAUGUGCCUUAAUGAAUGGAAACGGCUUUCAUUCAGAAGUUUACAUUUUUACUCCAUUGUAAAAUCUUGUCAUAAGGAGCUUUCCAAACCACAAAUACCCGUUGUUUUGAUGAGAUUUACUUUGGUGCUUUAUCAUUUUGAAGAAAUUGCCAUUUGGGGCAGUAGCAUCAAUUCAUUAAGUAUACUCACCACAGUACUCAACAUUGUGUUGAGUGAGUGUGACCAGAAGGGUUUAGAGUAAGAAAGUUUAACCUAUAUUGUUGUUACAUUUGUUGUGCUUUUUCUUAGCUUCUCUAUAUGCUGUAAUUUUAAUUUUAAACAUUCCUUAGUUACUACAAGUAAUACUUGUCUGUGUUUUACUUCUUGUUCUUAGAUUUAGGUGGAUAUAAAAACUGGAAUCAUAUUAGAGAAAUAAUUGAAUGUUUAAUUCCAAUUGUUUGGGGAAAUUUGACAUUAAUUUCAAAAACUUUUAUGCCAUAGUCUUUGGAAACAUUUAAAAAGCACUGUUCUUGCCUUUUUCUAUACUACAGAGAGUGUUGUCAUCUCCUACUUUGUUCUUAUUCUGUUGUGAUUUGUUUCAGUUAUUUGUGGGAAAUAACUUCUUAAUAUGUUUGUUUUCUUGAAUUAAAGUUUUCAUGUGGAGAAUAUUA